AUGUUCUCGAACAAACCAAAGCAGCGCUUUGACGAUACCACGAAGGAACCUUUCAUCAAGAGAGGUAAAAUUCACUUUAAAGAGGCGGAUAUCAAAGAGACGUUCACCAUGGUCUUUGAUGACAUUGUGGCCCUUAUCAACUCUCAGAUUGAGAAGGCAGAGGAUCAUCAUCUUCAAGUGACGGGAAUCAUACUCGUUGGAGGUCUCGGCGGGAGUCCUUACUUAUACAGUCAUCUGCAGGAAAUCUUCUCGGAUGACGGGAUCGACGUCCUCCAGCCGAACGGCAUGAAACCGCGAACGGCAAUUUGUCAAGGCGCUGUCUGCAAAGCAUUUAUGGAUGGCGGCGAUGAAAAUGGCCAGAACCUAGCCCACAAACCCAUCACAGUAACAUCCACAAUUUCCAGAGCCCACUACGGAGUUAUGUAUCACACACCAUUUGAGGAGGGAAAACACCUCAAGAAGGAUAGAUUCUGGGACGAAGAUCAGGGUGAAUAUCGCGCAGACAACCAGAUGGAAUGGUAUCUCAAAAAGGGCGACUGUAUCUCCAAGUCAGAGAAACUCAGCCACCCUUUUACCGCAUUUACGAUACGAACUGGAAUGGACGAUUCUUAG